GGUGGAGACCACAAAUAACGAACUGGAAGAAAAUUCAAUUUUUCAAUUAAACGCCAGUGAAUAUUAGCAAGCAAAAUUCAGCUUUUGCACUCUACCAACGCUCAAGGGGAUGGACGAGUUGAUUGAGUGGGUUGCUAUAUACCCUCAAAUAUACGAUAUUUUAGAGCAUAUUCAAUAUGUUCCAACAACUCUUUUGCAGCGAAUUCGCUUGCACCGCUCUUGGUCAGAAGUUGACUACGAUUUGUGGUUUUUGUACGCGUCCGAUGAGAAACGCAAGAGCUGCAAGAUUGAUUAUAAUGGGCAAUUGUGCUCAUAUGAUGAAUUUCUCGUACUUGAGGAUCAAAGAAUUGCCAGAUUAAACGAGCUAGCUGAAGCUCGUAGUUCUAAUGAGAAUGCAGACUUUUUGCGACAAUUGUUAUCAAAUGCAAAUAUUAAUUCUGUUCCACUCAUCGAGUUAGGUGGUAACCUUUUUUUCCAGUUUCAUGAACCUCUGCCCACCACUCUUGUGCAAACAGAAAGCGCCAAAGAAAAUCUAAAUCGUGUAAGUCCUUUCCUUGUAAGAAAGCAGCCUUUGCUUCUGGCUGGCCCAGAGGGCAUGGGAAAAACGUAUUUCAUUACUCAAAUUGCUGCCUUGCUUGGACAAAGGAUUGUUCGUAUCCAUCUUACGGACUCUACUGAUCCUAAAAUGCUAAUAGGUACUUAUACUUGCCCCCGACCAGGUGAAUUUGAAUGGCAGCCGGGUGUUUUAACACAAGCUGUGAGGCAUGGCAAAUGGCUUCUGCUAAGCAAUAUUGAAAAAGCACCUGCCGAGGUUUUAAGUAUUUUAUUGCCUUUGCUAGAAAGACGACAGCUCGUAGUUCCCUCCCGAGGGGAAACUAUUUAUGCAUCGAAUUCGUUCCAAAUGUUUGCAACGACUUCUACGAAGUCCACUAUAUUAGGACAAAGGCUUUGGAAGACUGUUGAAAUGGUUUCUGCUCCCCAUGAAUGCAUCGAAAUUGUGUCAACUAUCUAUCCUGAGCUUUCUUCUAUUGCUCGUAUCCUUUUUUCUGUUUAUAAUGAUAUUUAUGAACUCUUUUUAAAUAGAACAUUCCUUGCAGUUUCUAGGGUGUAUCGGCGGUUAUGCCUUCGUGAUUUUUACAAAUUUACGAAGCGUGUCGCUUUUCUUUAUAGACAUUUCAAUGUGUCUGUUGAUCACGCAACAAUCCCUCAAGAACUUCAGGAUGCUAUUUUUAAAGAAGCUAUUGAUGUGUUCAGUGCUUUUAUACCAAAUAAACAGGGCGUAGAUCAUGUCGUCCGUAAUAUUGCUAUUGAAUUAAAUGUGUCUCCUGAAAAAGCUGAGCAUUUCUUUGAGACCAUUCCCUCUUUCCAUGAUUCCGAGACUACGGUUAAGAUUGGUCGAUCGAAGUUGCCCAAAAUCUCGUCUAACGUUUUCUCAACAAGUAAUUCAUAUGCUUUUACUUCUUCCUCUUUGUCGUUAUUAGAAAAAGUAUCUGUUUCUGUUCAAGCAAAUGAGCCUUUGCUGCUUGUUGGCGAGACGGGUACUGGUAAAACAACCACCGUCCAACUUUUGGCUAAUUUGUUAGGUCAAAGGGUUACUGUUAUCAACAUGUCUCAGCAAACGGAAUCUUCAGACAUGCUUGGUGGUUAUAAGCCCAUAAACGUGACUACCUUGGGGCUUCCUUUACAUGAAGAAUUUAUAAGUUUAUUUGAGGCGACCUUUAGUGUUAAGAAGAAUAUGAAGUUUUUAGCAGCAGCAUCUACUGCUGCUAGAAGAUUUAAAUGGAAAACCUGUUUAAAAAUAUGGAAUGAGGCUUUAUCCCUUUCGAAAUCACUGUUCUUCAAGACUCGGUCGCAGGAAAAUCCUAUGAAGCGUCAAAAGAGAUUAGCAAAUCAGCCAGCUCUGGAAGCUCGUUGGAAAAACUUCAGAGAAGAAGUCGAGCAGUUUGGUAAAAUGCUUGAAGGUGGUUCUAAAAGUUUUAUGUUUUCUUUCGUUGAAGGUGCCUUGGUUAAAGCUAUACGUUCAGGACACUGGGUUUUGUUGGAUGAAAUAAAUUUAGCAUGUAUGGAAACAUUAGAACCUAUUGGACAGUUGUUAAAUUCUUAUGAACCUGGCAUUUUACUAAGCGAUCGUGGUGACGUUAAUCCCGUUGCACCUCAUCCCAAUUUUAGGCUAUUUGGUUGUAUGAAUCCUUCAACUGAUGUAGGCAAGAGGGAGUUAGAAACUUCGCUUCGAUCACGAUUUACAGAAAUUUAUGUUGAGUCCCCUGAUAAGAACCUUUCGGAUUUGUUAUCAAUCAUAAGUAAGUACAUAGGAACCCUUUGCAUUGGUGAUGAUCUCGUUAUUCGUGACAUCGCUGAGUUAUAUCAAACUGCAAAACGGCUUUCUAUUGAUGGUUCAUUAGUCGAUGGUGCAGGACAGAAGCCUCAUUAUACAAUUCGUACAUUGAGCAGAACACUUUGCUAUGUUGCGGAAAUUGUGCCUAUUUACGGUCUUAGACGUUCCUUAUAUGAGGGUUUUUGUAUGUCUUUCUUAACCUUACUUGAUCAAAAUAGUGAAAAUUUACUGUACAAAUAUAUCGAACGCUACACAUUAGGGGAAUUAACGGUCCAACAGAAAAAUGCUGUUCUCAAACAAAUUCCAAAGCGACCGGAAGUUGGUGAUUAUAUAGCGUUCUGCCACUAUUGGCUCAGUAAGGGUUCAUUUCCUGUCAGAGAUCAGGAACAUUACAUUGUUACACCUUUCGUACAGAAAAACCUCUUAAAUAUCACUCGUGCUUGCUCAACUAGAAUGUUCCCUAUUUUAAUACAGGGCCCUACAUCCAGUGGUAAAACUAGUAUGAUUGAGUACAUUGCUGGUAAAACAGGCCAUAGAUUUGUGAGAAUUAACAAUCAUGAACAUACCGAUCUUCAGGAGUAUCUUGGCUCAUAUGUAACUGAUGACAAGGGAUCUUUGGUAUUUAGAGAAGGUAUCCUCGUCGAGGCUCUUAGAAACGGCUAUUGGAUUGUACUUGACGAGCUUAACCUAGCCCCUACUGAUGUCUUGGAAGCCUUAAACCGUCUUCUUGAUGAUAAUCGUGAGUUAUUCAUCCCCGAAACCGAAGCGCUUGUGAAACCACAUCCGGAUUUUAUGCUUUUUGCAACCCAAAACCCACCGGGUGUUUACGCUGGUCGUAAGCACUUGUCUCGUGCAUUUCGCAAUAGAUUUUUGGAAAUCCAUUUUGACGAUAUCCCUGAAAAUGAGCUUGAAACCAUUUUGCAUAUGCGUUGUAAAAUAGCUCCUUCUUAUGCUGCAAAAAUUGUUCAAGUAUUUCGCGAACUUUCUCUUCGUCGUCAAAGUACUAGAAUUUUUGAACAGAAGAAUUCCUUUGCUACCCUUAGAGACUUGUUUCGCUGGGCUUUUCGUGAGGCAGUGGGUUAUCAACAACUCGCUGAAAACGGAUAUAUGCUUUUGGCAGAACGAGCACGCGAUCCUAAAGACAAGUUUGCUGUACAGGAGGUAAUUGAGAAAGUGAUGAAAACUAAAAUUAAUACUGAGCACUUAUAUAAUUUGGACUUUAUAGACUCAAUUAGAUCUGAUGCCACAGUUGGUCCCCUCAAAAAUGUCGUGUGGACCGCGCCAAUGAUUCGGUUAUUUUCCUUAGUUUGGCAUUGCCUUCAAGCCAGGGAGCCUGUGUUGCUAGUUGGUGAUACUGGUUGCGGUAAAACCACUGUCUGUCAGGUUUUGGCUGAAUGUUUCUCCAAACAAUUACAUAUCGUCAAUGCUCAUCAAGAUACGGAGAAUGGUGAUAUUAUUGGAGCUCAAAGACCAUUGCGCAAUCGAUCUCUCAUAAGCAAUACUCUUCAUAUACAACUAUCUGAGAAGUUUAAUGUUGCUCAAGAGCAAUACUCAGUUGAAGAGUUGAUUUCAAAAUUUGAAAGCCUUUCUCCCCUGGAAAAGAAUGAUGACUUAUCUGUUGUCAUUGAAAAACAUAUAAAAAAAUCUAACUCCUUAUUUGAGUGGCAUGAUGGCGCCCUUGUUUCGGCUAUGAAAGGUGGUGAUUUUUUCUUGCUUGAUGAAAUCAGUCUUGCUGAUGAUUCUGUACUUGAACGACUUAACAGUGUUCUUGAAAUUUCAAGAACUCUAACUCUCGUCGAACAUAGUGAUGCCGCUACUGUUUUAACUGCCAAAGACGGAUUUGCAUUUUUUGCGACUAUGAAUCCUGGGGGUGACUACGGUAAGAAGGAACUUUCUCCUGCUUUGAGGAAUCGAUUUACUGAAAUUUGGGUCCCUCCAAUGACUUCGGUUGAUGAUAUUUUUCAAAUUGUGCAAGGGAAGUUAAUUCCUGCCAAAAAACACCUUAGUGAACCAUUAGUACAAUAUGCACACUGGCAUAGUAAAGUCUACCAGAAUGGCACCAACAUAUCAAUUAGAGAUGUUUUAUCUGCAGUUGAUUUUAUUAAUUUAUCUGAGCUUAGCGACGAUAAGCUUACGUUAUUCCAUGCUGUUUCAAUGGUAUUCGUUGAUGCGCUUGGCGCGGUAUCAACGUUUGCUUUUGGUAAUAACAGAAAUAUGCUUUCUGAUGAACGUAAAAAAUGCGCCUCUAAAUUAGGAGAACUUUGUGAUUGUGAUUUUUCAUCUUCUGUUACAGAAGACUUAAUGAUAAGAUUCACCGAAUCCUCUUUCUACAUUGGUGAUUUUGGUAUAGAAUUAGGACCUAGCGUAAAUCCUGAUUCUACUUAUAAUCUUAAGACCCACACUACCAAAAUCAACGCUGCGAAAGUGGUGCGUGCUAUGCAGGUUAGAAAACCAAUCCUUUUGGAAGGUAGUCCCGGUGUGGGUAAGACAAGCUUGAUAUCGGCUCUGGCUCGAGAGUGUGGUUAUCCAUUGGUUCGAAUUAAUCUAUCCGAUCAAACUGAUUUAAUGGAUCUUUUCGGCUCUGAUGCGCCUGUUAAUGGGGGUGAAGGUGGCCAGUUCACAUGGCGUGACGCUCCAUUUUUAUCCGCAAUGCGUCUUGGACACUGGGUUCUUCUUGAUGAAUUGAACUUAGCUUCUCAAACUGUAUUAGAAGGCUUAAAUGCUUGUCUUGACCAUCGUAGUGAAGCCUAUAUUCCAGAACUCGACCGUGUAUUCAAAGCGCACCCUAAUUUUAGAGUUUUCGCGGCGCAAAAUCCACAGAAUCAAGGUGGUGGCAGAAAAGGACUUCCUAAAUCCUUUGUUAACCGAUUUACUGUAGUCUAUGUUGAGCCUUUGUUACAAAGCGAUAUGCUUGAAAUAGCUGGUCAAAAUUAUCGUCAAGUUGACGAAAACUUGCGACUCCACAUCAUUCAGUUUAUGUUCAAGCUUCAGGAGUAUGUGGAAAAUGAUGCUUCGUUUGGUAUUAGUGGUAGACCAUGGGAGUUCAAUUUGCGUGAUGCCAUGCGUUGGUUACAGCUUUUGUCAGAAGCCGAAAAGUAUACGUGCGUUUCUCCUGCUGAAUAUUUAGAGGUUGUAGUGCUACAUCGAAUGCGAACAGAUAACGAUCGUCAACGCGUUAUCGAGCUUUUUGAGCAAGUGUUCGGUGUUAAGUACGAACCACGCACAAUUAGUUCUGAGAUAGAUGUAAAUAUCUUGAAAGUUGGCCAUUCAUUUUUCACGAGGAAUUCGGUUACUCAAAGGACAGCAUUAGACAAUACCAAGUUGCUACAAUGCCAAUAUGACGUGCUUGAGUCCAUGAUUACUUGCAUAAACAAAAAUUGGCCUUGUAUCUUGGUAGGUCCUUCGGCUUCUGGUAAAACGUGUACUAUUCGACUUCUAGCCGCCGCUUGCGGUGCAGAGUUGAAGGAAAUGGCAAUUAAUUCUGAAAUUGACACCAUGGAUUUGUUGGGCGAAUAUGAACAGGUUGAUAUUUCUAGAAAGAUUUCUGCCUUUUUGUUGGACUUGUCCCAUGAAGUGUUAAAUCUUCUGAUACAGUACAGAGACUUUGAGGAAAUUCUCAAAAGAACGGCUCUUCUGAGAGUUUUACAAUCCAACUUUCUCACACUUGAUGAAGGUCUACAUAUCUUAGAGUGGGUAGUAGCCGAGAUUCGAUCUAUUCGACAUCAUACCGCCCUCUUUAAGCAUUUGCGCCCCUACUUUACGCUGGCUGGUAAGCUAAUUAAAGAAGCUUUUGUGCCUGCUACCGGAAAGUUUGAGUGGAUAGAUGGUUAUUUAUUAAGAGCUGUUGAAAAUGGUCACUGGUUGGUUCUCGAUAACGCCAAUCUUUGUAGUCCCGCUGUGCUUGAUCGUCUUAAUUCUUUAUUAGAGUAUGGAGGUACUCUAACCGUAAACGAAAGGCCAACGGAAUCUGGCAUGCCAAAAGUCAUUAAGCCGCAUCUUAAUUUUCGACUAUUUUUAACUGUGAAUCCUUACUAUGGAGAACUUUCUAGAGCAAUGAGGAAUCGUGGUGUAGAAAUUUAUAUGUUGAACAACGGUCUAACUUCUUUUGAUCAUCGUCAACUGUCCAAGUUAUUACCUUCCCCCAUAUGCUCUGCGGUAGAUGCUCGAUCAUCUAGCUUGUCUUUUGUUAUUGAUGUUCAUAAGCGUCUAAGGGAUUUACCAGCGGGUCUCGUUUCACCAUAUGUUGUAGCAGCUGUUGUCUUUAGCUAUUUCUCGAGCGAUCAGUUGGAUUGUCUAAGAAACCUUUGUGAUGAUCAGAAAAUGCUCGCAAUAGACAGAACACCUUAUGUAAAUGCGUUGGAUCGGGCCAAUUUUUCCAGUGGACAGAUCCCUAACGAGGUGCUUACCUAUAUUAAGACGUAUGGCUAUCCGUUAUUACCAGCAUCAAUGAGUCUUGUCUCCCUUAUGAAUGAUUUCUCAUUUAUAACAUCUUCUAAUCGUGAGUCGGAGGUAUUCUGGAAAGCUUAUUUACUCAACAUUCUUUAUGCUGCUCAGUUUGAUUUACAACAAAUUAAUCAAGACGUUUAUUCUUCUGUGCAGUCUGGUUCUAUUGAUACUUAUGUUCUAAAAAGUGCAUACGCAUUUUUGCAUGGAAUUUCUUAUUAUAGGGGUGCUUUGUCGUCGGUGUGGAAACUCUUGAAUGAUCUUAGCGUUUAUAUCUUCAACUCAAUCGACAAGUUACGUAAAGACAGCUCGUUAGCGAGUAGUGCGGAUCUUCAAAAUCUCAUUAGUUUGAUCGCGUUGUGGAAGAGCAUGUAUGAAUGGACUGGAACCGCUGAGUUUGAUUUCAGCAGGUUUCAUUGCUAUUCGUUAAUGCUUAAGGAAUGGUCAUCUAAGUUUAUUGCCGACCAUAAUUCAGGAUAUUUGGAUGCUCCUCUCAAUUUAAUCAAUAAAUUCUCUGAAGCCUUGCAGUUAUCUACUGGUGAAUAUAUGCAAAACAUCUGGUCCGAGUGCCAUCCUCUUGUACCUAAGACGAUGGAUCAUUGGUCAUUAUGGUUGAGAAUCGACACAUUGCUAAAGGAAUAUUUGCGUGCAAAUACUCCCUCUUUAGGUAUGGAGGCUACUGCUUCUCAUGUAGUUAGCACAACUCUAUCAUUGCUUAUGAAUGUAACAAAUCAGCACGAGUCUCAGGACCUACAGUCGUACAUGCAAAUUUUGGAAGAAGGUGUAUUAGCACUAAAAAAGUCCAAGCAAGACCAGCUUCCUGAAGCGUUUUAUUCAGCGUUCAAUUGUUUAGCGGCAUUAGAUCUGUUGACUAUAUAUACCGCCGAUUACAAUAAUUUUAAUGUUUCGUCAGAAGCAUUUACAAACUAUAUACGUGCUGCUCUGUAUACGAGAGGGUCAACAAGUCCAUUAUCUAUCAUCACGAGUCUCAACUUCAAUGCAUCUCAAAUCCCAUUUGUCGUCCUUUUUGAUUAUGACUUCUUUUCUCUGGUUAACGGAACCACGUUUGAUUUAGUCACACGUGCUUUUGCUUCAAUUGAUGAAAACCUGAAUAUAGCUUCUGUUAAAAGAUUUGAAGAUGUACGCCAGACAUUAAUGAGGCAUAUAGCUGAACGUUCCGAGCAACUUUCUGAAAAUCCUUUAGAAAGAGCUAGCAUUUUACUGCUACAGCGAAUUCCAAUGUUCAUGAUUUCUGGAAUCAAAAGUGGUAAACCAUCUGCUGAUGAGGAUACGAUUUUAAGGCCAUUAGCAUUACCAUAUGGAGAGUUGAAAGAGCAGUCCCUUUCCAUUAUCGAUAAUAUAUUGUCUUAUGCAGAAAGAACUACAGAUAUUAAUGCCUCAUACAAAAAACAUUUUCUGAAUGCAUUAGAAUAUCUGCAGUUGUCUUUGACAGCUGCUAAUCAUGAGACGGCUUGUAAGAAUCAAGCUGCUGCUUACAUUCAUUUUGCAUACGGGUUGUUACUAGCUUAUGUUCCUGAUAAGCCUUAUGAUCCAGCUCUUCUUCCUUUGUUAUCUUCCACAAACUGCAAAGACGUCUUGAAGGCGCUUUCUGGAGAGCUAAAGGUUGUGGAGAUGAUGGAAGAUAAUAAAUCUGGUAAAAAAGAAAACCUACUCACUAAAUCAAUUUCCUCGUGCAUGGAGGAAAUAAAUGAGUCUACUCCCACUACUACUAGUGUUUUCCGUUCCCUGGAAAGUAAUAGCACUUCUUUGUUUGACGAGUUGCAAUUCUUAAUGGACAACGUUGUGAAUAAUUCAUAUGCCCUUGAGUUAUCGUUAAAGCUUAUGCAAAAUCCAGAUGACUCGUCAUUGGAGGAGGCAAAAAUAUUUAAAUAUAAGUGGACUGCUUUUGUUGAACGGUUGCGUGAAGCAUAUCCUUAUUACACUGAUAUAUUUGAAAUUGUUAUUUCUCUGAUUAGUUAUAUGGUCUACGGCAUCGAUAUACUCGUGGCAGCGGCUAAGCGGUUCCUAGAUAAUCGGGUGAAUGCAUCCUCUUCUUUGAUGUCUCAUUUAGUUAGUCCUCAGAAACUUUCAAAACUUCUUAUGUAUGAAGAUGUGCAAGAUAUUAUACAAUUGACUUCGGACUUACAAUUGAAUGCCGCCUUAAAAUUUGAAGUUUUAUUAUUUGCAACAGCGAAACUAUGCAAGGAAAAGAAAGACCUUCCUCAGUCGUCUGCGGCUAAUUCAUUCACUAUUUUAGCAAACGAGUUUUUUACCUAUCAUGCCAAAUUAGUUCAGAAAGAGCAAGAAGAAGAGGAAGAAAAAAACAGACUUUUCCGACAAAGAGGCUUGAACCUUGAUAAUAAUGAGUACAUGCAGAUUUUUAUAGAUUAUGAUGAAGAAGUCGAACCACAACCAGAAGAGAAGCUAGAGAGGACUAGAUUUUCUCAGCUUCAAUAUGCAUUCUGGUCUCUGUAUAAAAGUUUUUUUAUCGGGACUGAAGAGGCAUGCUCUACCGACCAACUUCUAGACAUCGGCUCUUACUUGGUUAGGAAACUGGGACUUUCUGAUUUUGAAAAAUCGGUUCCUGCCGAUUUCGAUAUAGUGGCUGCCAUCCUCUGUUUAGGUGUUAAAUCUUCAAAGGACGUAGAUAACUAUUGGUCACCUCCUGUUUACAACUUUUACUCCGAUCCGCUUCCUUACAAAUUAAUUGAGGUUCGUGAGAUACUUGUUGGAUUACACUUACAUACGAAUUCGUUAUUGAAAUUAUGGCCAGACAAUUUUGUAUUGAGAAGUUUAAAAGAGGCUACCGACUUGACAUUAGGCAUGUCAGUUUUUAUUCCUGUAGCACAAAUGUUAGCAAAAUUUGAGCGUUUGUAUCAUUUAUUGUCAGAAUGGGAGAAGCUUGCCAGCCGGCAGUUUUCUCUGGAAAGUGAUAUGGAUCUAGUUAAAAGCAAGAUUAUUGAGUGGAGACAAUUUGAGCUAUCGAAUUGGAAAAAUUUAUUACAGUGGGAAGAGUAUAAACUUGUGGAGAAAACGUAUCCUCGACUUUACACUAUUUUGGAUUACGUUGUAUUGCAGCCUCUAUUCCAGAAGUAUAGUUUGGACAGGUCAUCUUUGAACGAAAUUGCUUCGGUAAUAUUGCAAUUUUUUAAUGGCUUGAGUGUUGGAGAAUAUCGUCCUUGCCUCAGUAAUUUGCUUACUUUCGCAAAACACGUGGAAGCCUUGAACGAAUCGGGAGGAUUGUGUGCUACUCUUCAACAAAUUUAUUCCUAUCUUAAGUUGUUUGAAAAUAAUGUAACCCACUUUAUUACUGUGCAGCGUCGAGAUUUAGAGAAUAGCAUAAAGGAAAGAAUAUUACUUAUGAGCUGGAAAGAUACUAAUGUCUAUGCUCUCAAGGAGAACGCCAGAAAGAGUCAUAUGGAGCUUUAUAAAACCUUGCAUAAAUACAGAGAGGUUUUGCGCCAACCUGUGACUCCUCAUCUGUCUCAAAAGCUUAAUUGGGAAAUGUUACUCAAACCAACUAGCUUAUCUAUUCACAAUUUUAAGGAUGAGGUGAAGGUGGAUUAUUCCGGUUUGACUCUUGAUAAUGCUGUCUACGCAAACUUGCCUGCCAGAUUUUACAAUACAGAGUCGACUGUACGAGUGAUGAAAUCACUUUUGAAAUUUUCUCACCCUGCUAAUACCUUGUUUACGCAAGCAAUUGAUGAAAUAGUUAGUAGCGCCCAUGAAUUGUUUAAGCUUACCCCAUCUUCUGCUAAUGAUGAGAAUAUAUCAGAGAUCAAACACUUGAAAACUCGAAAGCAUCUACUGAUGGUAAACGCUUAUAAGACCUUGCAUGCUUUUGGCUUCCAGUACAGAGUUAAGGCAGGAGUAGAAGAAACGAUGAAAUCUCUCCAAAAUCUGUUUUCGAAUAUACCUUCUUUCCCAAUAUCUUUCGAUUUGAUCGAUGAUUCAAACACGUCUCUUUCGACUGUUCUAGACUUGAUUCCCAAAGUGCAUCGACUCCCUGGUAAUCAGCAUGAUGACCUUACAACUCCAGAAGUUACAAGGGCUAUUGGACUUUUUGAUAGUGCCCUAAGCUGGUUGCUUGAAGAACGAUUGACCCUUGUCAAGUUUGCCGAAUCUUUGAAUCGUAUUAAGCUUGCAUAUCAAGGUGUUGGAGUUGAUGGAUCUUUGAAGCUUAACUUUACGGCAUCAUUAUUUAAACACUCCGAAAGUUUUAAUUAUAAAGACUUCAAAGAUUAUUUGAAGGAGCUAUCAAGUUUAUGUUCGAUUUAUUCUGUGGUUUUAUCAAAACAUCAUCAAAUAAUGUCAAAAGAUACUUAUGCUUCUGUGUCAAGUUGUUUGUCAGAGUACAGUACGCAGUUCACAGAAGAUACGAUUGGUUCACCAAACCCUCUGUUUAUAUCUAGUGAACAGUAUGAUUGUUUAGAAUCCAUGAAGAUGGCAGUAAAUGGUUUAGUUUGUUAUUGCAAAAAUCAUGCUUCUUCUAUGCCUGAAGCCUUGUAUUGGUCAAAAUCCAUGCUAUCUUCUGUGAAGCCAGAGUCUGCAUUUUUGGGCAAGAAGGUUACAGACUUAGAUAUUCGUUACUCUACAUUUGAGAAGUUAACUGCUUUAUUUGAUCAAUUACUGUCAUCGGCAGAGGAGGUUUCAAAAUGCGUUGAUUCCCUAGGAAACGAAAACACUGACAGUACUCUAUUUGAUGAAAGUGCUUUAGUUAGCAAGCUUCUAGCAUCAUUUAAGCUUGAUUUAUUCGCAUCUAAAUUGUCCGAUCUUAAAAAACAUUUUGAAGAUAAAUAUUUAGAUGAGGAUAGUACGCGUCUUUUCGUACACUUCCUCCCUGUAUGUGAGCAGUACAUCUUCUCAGCUGAGAAAGCUCUUACACAUUUCUUGGUUAAACAUGUGAAAGAGUCGCAAAGUUUGCAUAAGAUUGCAUCCUUGUUUUUGAUGGUGGCCACCAAUGGUUACUGUACUCCUGACAUUCCUCAAGACGAUAAUGUUCAGGAGGGCGGUAGUUUAGAAUCUGGUACUGGCCUUGGUUCUGGUUCUGGUGCAAAAGAUAUCUCAGAAACAUUGAAUGAAGAUGACGAUCUUGAAGAACUUGCAAAUGAAGAGGACACUAAUGAACAGGAUGAACUAGAAGAAAACUCCGAGGCUCGUGAACUUGAUACAGAAAUGAGUGGAGCCACUAAAGAUGCGCCUGCAUCUGACGCUGAAGAGAGCAAUUCAGAGGAAGAUGAAGAACUCGAUGAGGAGAUUAAUAAAGACAAUGAGGGGUUAUCCGAAGACUUAAACGAAAAGAUGUGGGAUGAACCCAAUGAAGAGGAAUUAGGUGCGAAUGAAGAAAAGUCGAACGAACAAUCUGUUCAGAACAAUACUGGCGAACUUGUUUCUAAAGAAGAAGAGAAUGGUGAUUCCAAUGAGCUGGAAACCUCGGAAAACGAGAAUAAAGAGGAAGAAAGUGACAAUGAAGCUCCAGGGGUUGAGGAUGAAGUUCAGCAAGAGGCUCCUGAAGAUAAUCAAAACCAACCAGAAAACAAUGAAGUUCUUGAGCUUCCGGAAGAUCUGAAACUUGAUGAAGGAAAUGAAGGAAAUGAAGAAGAAAGCGAUGGUGACGAAGAUAUGCCGGAGAACGUUGAAGAUACUAAAGAAUCGGAGGAAGCUGAAAAAGAAGAUACAGGAGAGCAGGUUGACCAGUUUGAAGAAUAUGAUGCACAAGACAAUAUCGAGGAAGAUAUAAAAGAAGAAGAUGGCUUUACUUCUCAAGAUGAUGCUGUGAACGGAGAAGAACAGCAAGAAUCGCAAGAAUCGCAAGAAGUGGAAGAAGCGGAAGAUAAAGAAUCCCUCGAAAACGAUAAAGGGCAUCAGGAAAGUGAACCUGAUGAGGAAGUUCCGGAAGAAAGUCAUAACGAAGAUGUUGCGGACGAUUUUAAAGAUAGUACGACUGGGCAGGACGAUCAAUCGAAGUCAGCAUCUGCUCAAAUGGAUACUGAUGAGACAGUUGAAGGUGCUGAUGAGGAUGUUACCGAAGGUGCUGCCGAGAAUGGUGAACAAGGAGCGGGUGCUACUGCUGGAGAAAUGCAAGCUGAUGUUCAAGAAACAAACGAUCAGGAAAAUAAAUUAUCAGACGAAGCGGACUCUGCUGAUAGACAGUAUCAAAGUCUUGGCGAUCAGUUGCGCGAGUGGCAACAAACUCGUCAAAUACAUGAGCGCCAACCGGAGAAUGCUGAGAAAGAAGCGGCUGACCAGCAAAAGAAUAUUGACGAAAGCACAGAAUUUGCCCACAUAGCUGAGGAAGAAGAAGAAGAUACUCAAGCUUUAGGCAACGCUGAUAAAGACCAAGUCAAAAGCCUCAAUGUAAAUGAGAAUCAAGAAGAUAUCAGCCCUCCUGAACCUAUGGAGAUUGACUCUCAACUAGAUUUGAACGAUACUCAGCUCAAAGAAGAACAGGAGGCGGGCGUAGAGUCAAAACAGGUAUCCGAAAGUACAGAUAAAUCAAAAUUUGAUGAAUUAAAUACUCGAAAUGUUAUUCAUCAACCUAAUUUUGAUCAAGGCUUGGAAGAAUACGAUGAUACAGAAGAUGCCUUAGUAAAUGAAGGUAUUAUCACGACAACCAAACUUCCUCCUUCCAUGUCAAUAGAUGAGGCUCGCGUGCUUUGGCAGCAGCAUGAAGAAUCUACCAGACAACUUUCUAUCGAACUUUGUGAACAACUUCGCCUGAUCUUAGAACCAACUCUAGCAACUAAAAUGCAAGGUGAUUUCCGCACGGGUAAGCGUCUGAACAUGAAACGUAUUAUCCCAUAUAUUGCAUCUCAGUUCAAGAAAGACAAGAUCUGGAUGCGCCGUGUAAAACCUAGUAAGCGAACUUAUCAAGUUAUGAUUGCAAUCGACGAUUCUAAAUCAAUGAGUGAAUCUAAGAGUACGAAGCUUGCUUUGGAAACUUUAGCGUUAGUGACAAAAUCUUUGUCUUUGCUGGAAGUUGGACAAAUUGCAGUAAUGAAGUUCGGCGAUCAGCCGGAAUUACUCCAUCCUUUUGACAAGCCUUUCUCUUCUGAAGUCGGUGCUGAAAUGUUCUCACACUUCUCUUUUGAGCAAUCUGGAACAAAUGUUUUAUCUUUAACUGAUGCAUCCAUGCGCCUGUUUAAUUACGCCAGUACUAACUUGCAGGUGCGCAAUAAGACCGAUCAAAGACAGCUUGAAAUUAUUAUUUCUGAUGGUAUCUGUGAAGACCAUGAAACUAUUCGAAGGAUUCUUCGACGUGCUGAAGAAGAAAAAGUGAUGAUCGUUUUUGUUAUCCUUGACAAUGUUAACGAUAUGAAAAAAUCAUCCGUGCUGGAUAUCAACAAAGUUCACUACAUUACAAAAGAUGAUGGAACUAUGGAACUGAAUAUUCAACCGUACAUUGAUGAAUUUGCUUUCGAGUACUACUUGGUAGUCAGGAACAUAGAAGAACUUCCUCAAUUGUUAUCUUCUGCUUUACGACAAUGGUUCCAACAAAUGUCUAAUACAUAAUCACUUCCAUUUCUUUUUUAUUUUUUUGUUAAAAUAUAUACUAAGAAAAACAUAAACCUAUAUUAAAAAGGAUUUUUGGGUUGGUUUGGAAAUUUUGGAAAUUAUAAAUUAAUUUAAUAAAUAAUCAUAUUUGAUCAUUAUAAA